AUGAACGUUGAGAUACAGGCUCCGAUUGAUCAAAACCUUUGGCGGGGAUUUUUUCACCACUUGACAAUACCGCUCAGAGGCGAACGCAAUGCCCUGCAGCUACAGCGUCCUCUUCGCCCGGCAAAGACACGACACGUCGUGUGGGUCGGCAUUCCAGCUGGCGACGGAAGCAUCCGGGAAAACUCGUUCAUCCACGUCCGUGUUUGCUUUAAAGACCUGGAACUCUUCAACGACCACUGUUCUCCAUUUCAGUCAGUUUCCGAACACGUGGUGAAAGAUCUCGAAGCCAGACUUGGAUCUUCUUUCAUUGAGUACGAUAGUAACGGUGUGGUGUUCAUACACCAGUCAGUCUUGAUGAUGCUCUUUGCUGUCCACAUAUCUUCCGCAACCGUCGAUUUCUGCAACUGGAAGCUGGAUGAACAGAACUUGAUACAUACGGUGCAAAAUUCUAGCUGCGAUGAAGUUCUUGUAUAUGUAUCCGACACGAGCUGCGACACAUCUGGCCUAGUGAGAAGGCUCUACGACACCACUGAUUACUUGGAGGCUGUGAUGGGUAAUAUGCGAGUCUACCCAAGCAAAACGGAACUGUCCUGGUGCCGGAAUAAGGUAGGCGACGUCAGGGUAAUGGACGACAUCGCUGCGAAGCUGCAGACCUGGCGACCAAGGACGUGCUUCGGAAGGGGCCACUGUGCACUCCGUGAUGUAGAGAGCGGUCUUAUGGUCUUGAAGAGAAGCUACAGCUGCGCUGGGGUUCACGUUCAUGUUGUCCCUGUCACACAACGCGGGAAGCUGCUAUGCACGGCUCCGACGCAAGAUCGAGUGGCUAGGCGCACCAAGCCUACCAAACGCGCUCAACGUUCGGGUGUGCGAGAACAAGGUAUAUUCUAUUUCCAUCAGGAAUUUAUUCCGACAUUUAGGAAAAUUGGCGAGUUCAGGGUCAUGGUGUGCGGGGGACAAGUGCUCGCUGCCUUCAGAACAAAAGAAGAUUGGGAUGCGCGUGCCAAGCCGAUGGCUCUGCGGCAACUCCAACUCAGCGACUUCAACUGGCACUCCCAGGACGAUGAAACUGCCAGAAAGCAGAAGCGAGAUGAGCUCUUGGAUUUCGUACUGGAAACCGACACUCAGAUUCGUCAAUUAAAGGGCGAGAGGUUCGAGACUGUACAUGUUGGAGCGCGAUACGAUUGUGGAAUAUCACCGGAUGGUCAUUUCUUCGUCAGCGAGCUGACACGUUUCACAUUUGCGGACACUUUCUCGGGAGUUGGCGCCCCGUACGAUCAGAUAAUUGGACCGCUGGCGCGAAUGAUUGCUCGGGUGCUCUUGGCGUAA